AUGGCAAAGAGCAGAAGACAAAGUAACGUCGCUGACAGGUCAUCAAGAAAUCAAGGCGAUCAGCCUUUGUCCCCGCCAACAGAUACGAGCGGCAUCUUCCUAAAGCAAACAGGAUCUAAUGAUAAGUUGACUUCAAAAAGUCUGCCUGAGGAAGCUCAGCAGCUCCUUCCGUGGAAAGCUGCUAAAAAUCUUGCACUGGUCUUGUCCGACGACUCUUUAGGUACCAGCCAGAUAAGCAAUGGCCCAGACACUUCUGAGCUAGAAGCUACGUGGAACUACCACGCAGGUCAAAGGCCUAAAGAAGCACAAGCGUUGGUAAACUCUGAACAUCGAGGAGACGAUAACGGAAAGGAUGGGCAGCCCGUAGGAACAAAUAAGUCUCGUGAUGGUGCCUCUAUUCGAGCUAUUCUAAGCGUCCUUAAGCAAGAAAUCGGCCCAGCCAACCGCCAAUCAAUGAUCUGUUUUAUUUGUGCGUUGACAACAACUAUUGGAUGCAUUGUGCUGUUCACCGAACGGUUGGGAAUGAUAAGGCCUUUUCUCCUGCGUGGUGCCGGCUCAAUUCCGGUCUUGUUGUCUGGCAUUCCAGGCAUCUGCCUUGCGUAUGUGUGCUAUCUUAAAGCGACAGAGAGACUACAUAAGACAAAACAAGCAGCGGGAAACUGCGGUGUCAGUGAAGCAGGAUCAGCUUUCUCGGACUCACCUUCUAGGCAUGUGAUGGGCAAAGGCCUGGAGACAGGACAUCCUCCCGAAUUACAAACAAAAGUUGCAUUAGAUGUUUUAAAAUCUCUUGGAGGAUUUAUAUUGUGGGACAUGCUGAGGACAUAUGUUUCUCACUGGCCACUGUUUUAUGUAUCAACUGAUGCUGCUGAUGAAACUCUUGGCGAGCCACCAUUGUUCGGACAAUCCCCGCAAGGUGCAAGAGCUGGAAUUCAAGGAUACCCUCCUCGUUUAGCAGGACAUCAUUCUCUUUCGCCGCCACUCUCCCCGUUUUGUCAGCUCUUUCUUCCCCUGGUGGCUGACGGAGCACGCUUGUUGGGCCUUGGUUUCGCCUUAAAGAGCAUACGCCAGACAUCAAAAGGGGGCGGAUCAGGUGAUCCUUCGGCGCCUUCAAGCCGGUGGUUUUUUGGAGGAAGUCAGGCACUUUUGUUAGUGCUUGUCGCCCUUCCACUAGCUUCUGCAGCGAUUCACCAGGGUUUCUGGGACUCUGCAUGUCUGCAACCAUUCACAGGUCUAAUGCCGCUAAUGGGAGAGCAGGCUAUAGCUCAGUCUGGAAUUUUGCUGCGUUGGCAUUCUGUGUUUUUGGCGAUAACUGCUGCGCUAACUGGAUCAAUCCUAGGCGCGGCUUUUGUGCGCCUUUUCCAAACACGCGGUAAAAGUGUUUCCACGGUUUUGGGACUCGCAGCUUCUGUUGCUUUCUUCUGUUGCAUACUUUUUGACAUCCUCGCCGCAGCAGCACCAUCUGGAGAAAGAUGCAAGUAUAUACCCUUCACAGCCGACAUGCGUAGUGGUUUUGCCGCUGUCAAGGCAUUCGCCAUGGCAGCAACCUGCGCUCAUUUAGUGGGACAGCUGUGCCUGAGUCUCAGUGCCCUCACCGUUGAGGUCAAGGACAUACCUGUGCCACAUACCAACAAAAAGUAA